UAUGUUCAUCAUUCUUACCGGAUGCUGGAUCAGGGAGCAGAGGCUCAAAACAGUUGUUAGCUUCGCGGUACAGCAAUGCAGGACUGACGCGUUCUCUUAACGAAAUAAACACCUGGAACAUUUGACAACGAGAGCGGUCUUUGAGCCGCGAUCUACGGGAACUGAGCUUGCACAUUUCAAUUUUUAAGGAUCAUUCGGGUAAACGCGACCAGCAGUGUCAAAGAUGAACGUCACCUUGGCAGUCAAGCAGUACAUUUCCAAAAUGAUCGAGAACAGCGGGCCAGGUAUGAAGGUCUUGCUCAUGGAUAAAGAAACGACCAGUAUCGUGAGCGUGGUGUACACGCAAUCGGAGAUUCUGCAGAGAGAGGUCUACCUGUUCGAGCGCAUCGAUUCGCAGAACCGAGACACCAUGAAGCACCUGAAAGCCAUCUGUUUCUUACGCCCGACCAAGGACAACGUGGAGAAUCUGAUUCAGGAACUGCGUCGACCCAAAUACAGCGUCUACUUCAUUUACUUCAGCAACGUCAUCAGCAAGAGCGAGGUGAAGGCCCUGGCCGAGGCAGACGAACAGGAAGUGGUGGCAGAAGUGCAGGAGUUCUAUGGAGACUUCAUCGCUGUGAACCCCCACCUCUUCUCUCUCAACCUCACGGGCGUGGCCAGGGGUCGGAGCUGGGAUCCCGUGCUGCUGCAGCGCUCCACUCAGGGCCUCACCUCGGUUCUGCUGGCCCUGAAGAAGUGCCCCAUGAUCCGCUACCAGCUGUCCUCCGACAUGGCCAAGAGGCUGGCCGAGAGCGUCAAGCAAAUCAUCACUAAGGAGUACGAGCUGUUCGACUUCAGGAAGACCGAGGUGUCUCCAUUACUUCUCAUUGUGGACCGCAGCGAUGACGCCAUCACCCCGCUGCUCAACCAGUGGACAUACCAGGCCAUGGUGCACGAGCUGCUCGGUCUAAACAACAACCGCAUCGACCUCUCCCGUGUGCCCGGAAUCAGCAAGGACCUGCGUGAGGUGGUGCUGUCUGCCGAGAACGACGAGUUCUACGCCAACAACCUGUACCUGAAUUUCGGGGAGAUCGGCACCAACAUAAAGAACCUGAUGGAGGACUUUCAGAAGAAGAAGCCAAAAGGUCAGCAGAAACUGGAGUCCAUCUCCGACAUGAAGGCGUUUGUGGAUAACUACCCACAGUUUAAGAAGAUGUCGGGCACGGUGUCCAAGCACGUGACGGUGGUGGGGGAGCUGUCGCGGCUGGUCAGCGACAGGAAGCUGAUGGAGGUGUCCGAGGUGGAGCAGGAGCUGGCCUGUCAGAACGACCACUCCAACGCGCACCAGAACGUGCGCAGGCUCCUGCAGAACCCCAAGGUGACCGAGAUGGACGCGGUGCGGCUGGUGAUGCUCUACGCGCUGCGCUACGAGAAGCACAGCAGCAACAACCUGCUGGGCCUGAUGGAGGACCUCAACAGGAAGGGCGUGUCCGAGAGGCACCGCAAGAUGGUGCAGUCCAUGGUGGAGUACGGGGGGAAACGAGUGAGAGGAAGUGACCUCAUCACUCCCACAGACGCUGUGGCCAUCACUAAACAGUUCUUCAAGGGGCUGAAGGGUGUGGAGAACGUGUACACCCAGCACCAGCCGUUGCUGCAGGAGACUCUGGACCAGCUGAUUAAAGGCCGUCUAAAGGACAGCCAGUUCCCCUACCUGGGCCCUAGCACACUGAGAGACAGGCCCCAGGACAUCAUCGUGUUCAUAAUUGGCGGGGCGACUUACGAGGAGGCCCUGACAGUGUACAACCUGAACCGCACCAUGCCAGGGGUCCGCAUCGUUCUGGGCGGCACCACCAUCCACAACACUAAGAGCUUCUUGGAGGAAGUGACGUUGACAGCCAGUUCAGGACAUGGCGGAGAGAGGUCACUGGGGGCGGGGCGGUACCCUAGCAGGCGCUGAGGCAGAAUUUUCCGGAACCUUCUUCCACUGGCCCAGAGACGUCCAGCUGACAGAUCCCUGCAGCACCUUUGGGCGGUCCAGCCGGUGUCCCGCCCUCCCUUUCCCAAACUCCCUUGCUGCAAACAUUCCUAUAUCGGCUGCACACUGUACACAACAGCUCCCAUGAUCCUUUGCUUUUGACGCGUUGAUGUGCAGCUCCUGUGUCCAGUGCCCUGUUGGCUCGCCACACCUCUGUUUCAGGAACAGGUGCGAACACCCCCCCGCCCCAAAACAAACCUGACUGCUGCUGUCCAUACCUGGGAUUGUGAGGAUUUCCUUCUCCGUUUCACUCUCUGGCAACCCCUCAAACGACAGCCAAGCCCCUGAAUACAGAGUGAGCUGGACCCCUACAUCUGUCAUGUGAAAGUCUCCCAAAGUUAUGUACAUAUUUCAGAAUGCUUUAAAUGCUCUUCUCCUUUAAUGCUCUCUCUCUCUCUCUCUCUCUCGGUUCUAUUAUCAGUCCGUAUGGCACUACUGUUCAGCAUGCUUCUGUGCUUGAUUCAUCAGUAAAGUUAUUUUAUUUCCUCCAAAGGGCUGGCUGGAGAGCUCUUCUUAUUAAUUAACCCUUUAAAGUGUGAGGUCAUAAAUAUGCGAUUAGAAUGUUCUUAACUGAACAUUCUAAUGCUGAUGUCACAGUCACUACUGGUGAUUGAAAGCAGUGGAGUUCUAGAACACUGACUUAGAAUCAAUUCUUUAAGGGGUUAAAAUGACUGAUUAUGCGCAGGUAUAGCAUGGCCAUACAGAGAGGCAGAGAUGAUGUUUUUGGGUGAAUACAGUUUUUUUUUUUUUUUUUUGCAUACCAAGAACUGAGCAGGCGCAGUUUAUAUCGGCUGUGACUACUCUGGUGGCCCUGAGGCUGUUUGGCGCCUCUACCUGUGCACCAUGGUUACCAGCGGGAGCCGCUGGCUAGGCCGGUUAGUGGGAGAAUGAGGGAUGCUUGCUUUUUUGCCGGUCCCAGGCGAUUCACAUACAUCAGGUUUUCAGCUGGGCGUGCAAGUUGCCAGAUUGCAACAAAUCCGUCAAAUUGUGAGCGCGAGUGAUUUGAUUUGGGCGGCUCCGGCUAGUCUGACAGCUCGAAAGCGGACUGACUUGGCAAGAACAACAUCACCCCUCCCCACCCCGAAAUAAACUCCCAAGAAGUCAGGCCUGGGGACCAAAAAAUAGUCUCCAGGGAGUUCCUCAUUCACUGAAGAGCAUGUAACGCACUGGAGUGCAUCCAGCACUGCGCCAAGUUUGGAUUGAACACCCUGAAGGGUCUCUGACUUUACUCCAUGACCUGGCAACCCAUUUCAUUCUUCAGCAACACUCCGUGGAGUAGGCCUGGCCCCAGUCCAGCUCUCGGUGAACCCCCCAAAGCAGGGCCCUUCCCCUGUUUUGUUUGUGGGCGUCUUGGUUACACACAGGAAUUGAACCAGGAAUUAGGAUGGGGCGUGUUUUAGUUAGGGUUUUAAUUCCUGGAUGGGGGAAGGAUGGAAAGAAAAGCCUGGAAGAUGCCAGUGUAACCAAAAUAUGGACACACCCCCUUAUAGCACGCACGCAUGCACACACGCACACACACACAAGCACGUGCACACACGCAUGCACACACGCACACAUACACGCUCACUCACACUCACAUACACACGCUCACACACACACAGUCACACAUGCAACCACUGACGCACACACAGUAGCACACUCACACACACACUCACACACACACACACACACAUACAGGGUCGUGUCCCUCUGAAUGCACGCCCCAGUCAGUUCCCUGUUUAAAUGCGGAUAAAACAAACGGAGCCGUGAUGUCACACACCUGCUCCCCCAGAGUGUUCUCGCGCCUUGCCCAGAAUGCAGUGCACGUGGCGGCGGAGCAUCACAACAUCUCGCGCCAGGAGGGGAGGCAGAGAGUCUCCGCCCGUAAAAAGGGGGCGGGCCGUGGUUUCGUGGGUCUUUGUUUUUCCCGCCGAGUCGGCCCGUGAUCGCGUGGGAUCGCGGCGGCGGAGGCGGCUUGGGUUGUUUGCGCAGUUUACGGAAACGAGGGCAUCGAACGGUCUGCUUUUAUCACUCCUGGCUGGCGGGGGGAUACACGCAAACGCAGGGGGAACCCGCUACGACCCUCCCACCAAUUCGGUCUGCCCUUGAAAGUGUCCAUGUUGUUACAACCUCUUCCCUCAUCAUUUUUCAAGUUUGUCUCGGAGAGGACAGGUGAAAUGUCUUCCUGCAGCGGAGCAGUCGUCACCAACAGGGUUGUACCGCACAGAAGGUGGGGAUUUUCAGGGAAGUGGCGUUAGCCGUUCCUGAGCUCUAAGUGAAUGGAGGAUUGCGGCAGUUGCGUUUGUAAUUAUCCUGACGUGCUCCUCCGUACAGAACUGAAGGACGGGGUGCAUUUUGAGACGUUGAGGCUUCCUGGGUUUUCGUUAACCCGAGAACUGAAACGGACAGAAUUGGCCGUCAUCCGUUUUUCUUUCCGAAUCUUCUGUUCUCCACACCUUGGGUUGUGUGUGUGUGUGUGUGUGUGUGUUUACGUAAGACUCUUUCACUCAGUUUCAUCACGGUUGAUUGUACAGUGUUUGUCUGAAGAUUGUCAAGAUCUGUGUCCGAAAAAAAGACUAACUUAUUGUGACUGUGAAUGUUUCCUGUACAACUACUAAUAAAUGUGAUUGUUGUUAA